AUGCGUCCAAACAAACCUUUCCGUGCGCGCCGAUCCCCGAUCGGUCUCCUCACUCUAACAAUGCCACCCAAGUUAUCAGUCCUGGACAUCCUCCACAGGACAGUGGUGUACUCACUCGUCGGAAUAUCGGUGUACGGUAUUGGAAUGGGCGUCGUUGUCCAUCGCGACACACUUCGGAGAGGAAGAGGUGGGUGA